AUGGGAAAAGGAAAACUUAUACUUUUAGCACUAUUAUUAUUAUUUGUAAUUAUUGCGAUAAUAAUAUAUAAGUAUGAUGAUGGAUCAAUUAUGACAAAGUUAGCAACAAUUAAAGAAUAUCAUAGAGAAGGAUGGCUUAAAGUAAUAAGCGAAUGUGGAUUGUUGGUGAAUUUGUUGGAUGAAAAUAAAUUAGAAAUGAUACCAUUAAUGAAGCAACAAAUUGCUGCCGUUGAUUUCAUACGAACAGUUUUACUGGCAUGCAAAGCGCUACAAAAACGUUUAAUUAUCGGAAUCGACAAUGUCGAGAUGAUAAAUAUUACCACUGCGAGUGAUACGGUAGGUAGCAGUAGCAAAAUAAUGGGUGCUCUCACUCCCGAAAGUACCAGUACGAGUGAAAGUGGUAAAGGUAGUGGCGAUGCGGAGAUAAAAGUGAUGACGGAAUCGAAAGAUGGACAAUAUAUUGCAAUUCCGACUAAUGAAGAUGUGAUAAGCAAUGCGGUUGAAGCUCCGGAAUGGGCGUGCAACGAGAAUCAUUCUCCCAAUUACAUAAUUUAUUGUCAGGGUGAACUACUUCAUGCUGUAAUGAUGCUUAACAUUUUCAAAGAUUCUAAAACGUUUGUUGAUAAACCGCUAAGGCGAGAUCCUGCUGAAAUUGCUGCAGAUUUUAAAAAAAAAUUUCCACGUAAUAUCACGGUAAAUGAUCGUGAAGCUGUACGACAAUUUAUUGAUGAAAAUUUUGACGAAGAAGGACAUGAAUUAGAAAAAUGUGACUUAGUGGACUGGGAAGAGCAACCAGAGAAACUUCUAUCAAUAGCCGAUCCACAAUUGCGCCAAUUUGCAUUAAAUGUCAAUUCAAUUUGGAAAAGUUUAUGUCGAACAAUUAAAAAAGAAGUUAUGAAAUAUCCAGAACGACAUUCAUUAUUAUAUGUACCAUAUGAAUUUGUCGUUCCUGGUGGUCGUUUUCGAGAAUUCUAUUACUGGGAUACUUACUGGGUUAUUAAAGGCCUCCUAGCAUCAGGGAUGCAGGAAACAUCACGUCGAAUGAUUCUUAAUUUUGAAUAUUUGGUAAAAACAAUUGGUUUCAUACCGAAUGGCGGUCGAGUGUACUAUUUGCGCCGAUCACAGCCGCCAUUUUUCAUACCAAUGGUUUACGAGUAUUAUAUGGCAACGGAAGAUGAUGAAUUUCUGCGUUCCACAAUGGAUACCAUGGAAAUGGCUAUGUUUCAUUAUCGUGCAGAUAGCAAUGUACCACGACCGGAAUCAUACCGUGAAGAUUAUCAAACAGCUGAACGAGUUGAUCGACAAAGAAGGCGUAAGUUAUGGCGUGAUAUAGCAAGUGCUGCUGAGUCCGGUUGGGAUUUUAGCAGUCGAUGGUUUCAAAACCGGAAAAGUAUGGAUACUAUCGUUACAUCUGACAUCAUCCCGGCCGAUCUGAACGCUUUUAUGUAUUGGAAUAUGAAAAUUCUGGCACAUCUUCAAGGAGAAAUUGGUAAUCUUACUCGGCGUGAUGAAUUGAACCAAGAACGAUCGAAUUUUGUGGAUACAUUUGAGGCAGUCUUUUUUGACACACGCGAAGGUGCAUGGUUCGAUUUGAACGUAAAAACAGGGGAGCAUUACGAUGACGCAUAUCCGUCUUUAGCUGUUCCACUCUUCACCGAAUGUUAUCAUAUGCUAAAUAGUGGUAUGAUGGUUGACGUAUUGGAAACACUUCAACGAAAAGGAUUAUUACAAUUUCCAGGUGGCAUACCGGCAAGCUUAAUGAAAGGCACCAAUCAACAAUGGGAUUAUCCAAAUGGUUGGGCACCGAUAAAUCAUAUGAUCAUCGAAGGACUGCGUAAAUCAAAUAAUCCAACAAUGCAACAACGUGCAUUUGAGAUUGCCAAUAAAUGGAUCAAUCGAAAUUAUGCGCUAUAUCAGAAAGAUCAUAAAAUGUGGGAAAAAUACGACGUUGCAAAAGAGUAUGUACGAGCAGCUAAAGGUGGUGAAUAUGAGAAUCAGUAUGGCUUUGGAUGGACAAAUGGUGUGGUACUUGAUUUACUCGUAACAUUCAGCAAGCGAGCUGUAGUUAAACCAACUGGUGGUAUAACUGAUGUUCAUGGCACCGGACGAUCUGAUACAUCCGGUACCAAUCGAACUCUUCUUACUCGAUAUUUAGAAACAGGAAAAUCUUCCGACCUACUAUGGCGAUUUAUGAAACGAAUUCUAAUCCGAGCAUUGAUCACCUUUUUGAAAUGCAAAAAUCCUGGUAGCAGCGGUAACGCUGCGGAAAUCAAAAGUUUAUGA